AUGGCCCAAUGGAUAAGGCGCUGGUCUUCGAAACCAGAGAUUCUGGGUUCGAUCCCCAGUGGAGUCGAGUUUUUCAAAUUAGUAAUUUUAUUCAACACUCUCGAUUCUAGUGCAAGGAACGACGUCGUAUCAAUUGGGUCCAAACGAUUCGUUUUGUCGAUUGAUCUAUGGCUAAGAGCGUCGCGUUGA